AGCGACUUGACGUGUGUGUGGAAGGAGGGAGAGAAAAGGAGGAGGCGCAGGGAGGAUUCAACCCUCGGAGCGGGCAGUCCUUACAUGAAACCCACUGAAUGAGCACCGUGCACGGGUACUGACAGAUGAGAAUCCUUAAGAGAACAUUUGUGUGAGAAAAGCUGACUGGAGAGUUUGUUUAAAAACGCUCAUCUGGAGAAACAAUCGUUGUCAUGGAAAUGGUUUUGGUCUUCUUCUCUUCACUCCUGGUAUGCGUGUCGGCUGUUGCUGGCUCAAGUGAAAAUGUCCUUACAGAGAACAAAACGAGAGUGGAAAACCCUUUUGUUUAUGACUAUGAAAGUUUGAGAAUUGGAGGACUGGCCUUUGCUGUGGUGCUGUUCGCUCUGGGUAUUCUUCUUAUUCUUAGUCGGCGAUGCCACUGUGGUGCCAACCAGAAGCCCAGGGCCCCUGGGGAUGAGGAAGCACAGGAGGAGGACUUGGCCGUCUCUAAGGCGGCUGCCAAAGAGACUCCAGCAGAGAACUGAGGCACCGCAGCAGGACCUCAACUACCACCUGAAAUGCUGUUUUCACUCCUGUUUAACUACAAAAACAAUGAAGGAAUUGAAGACCAUUAUGGGUGAUUUCCUGACAGGGUAAAAAGGAGAAGUAUUCACUUAGAGGUGUAACAUGUACAUAGGUUUACCGCCAUGUUGUCUUUUGCGAGUGCCAGUUCCUCAGUGCUCUUGUCUAUUUCUGUGCCUUCUGUGACGGUCACCCAUUCCAGUAUGCUGUCUUAGUGACACAAGUUUGUCUUUGAGAUCUUUGGGACAUUUCUUUGUUGUGUGCUUUGCUGCUCUUUUUGUACUUUUAUCUAUUGGCUUAAGGUUAAGAGCGGAAGCUGAAAAUGGCAAACCCUACUUUUUUUGACCAUUUUCUAGAGAUAACAACUUUUAUUAUCUCUUUAUCACAAGAGCAAGUUAAGAUCAUUUUUCUGCUCUGAGAUGCUGAGACGUAAUGUGUUUUAAGUUCUUUAUUUUGUGUCUACUGAAGGCCAGGUCAUAGGUCAUAACCAACUCUCAACAACAGCAAAAGAAACGUUCCUCAAAAGUUGUUUUUGGGUCAAUUUUUAAUUUAUUAAUGGAGCUACGCUCCUCAAACCCCUAAAUUCCGUCUUAUGCACCAGCCCUCCUCCCUUUAUCUCCCUUAUUUAGUCAUUAACUGAAUCCUAUAAAUCGAAAUCGCCGACAGCAAUGACAGAACACCUGGACAACAAAUGUCUCUGCGUGGUGCGUUCACUGAGCUCCGGACAUUUGCGUAACCCGAACAGCCAUCCAGCCGAACUCGGCCACUACAACACUUUUUUUCAUUUUUCUACAAUCUGCAGCAAAACUGACCAGUUUUUCAGAGAAAAGGUCAAACACCAGAAACAUUUUAAUUCAAAUUGAUCAAAUUAAUUAAUAACUCAGGUGGCGAUUGUACGGAUGUUGUCAGUCAUAAAUGACUUUCAAAUCAGUCAUCAUCAAUUGGGGGAAGAUUGACCCGACAGGUCAGUAAUCCUGCAGUUUUUGUCAGUUUCAUCAGUUUUCAGAUGAAGGGAUCAGACCGUCUCUAGUUAUAGAAUGAUGCAUGAGAGGCUGAAAGUACUUUUAUCAUAAGAAAUAAAACAUGUUUUCUCUUGAUGAUCUUGUUUUAAUGAGACAACAGACAAAAAAAAAAUCAAGUAGAGUAUGCCGUUUUCAGCUUUCGCACUUAAGGGAAUUUGUAAAUCUAUUGUUUGUUUUGUCAGUUGUCUUGAAUGAUGUUUCUCACAAUUUGGAAGUUCGUUCAUAUAAGUAGUGUGCAAAUAUAAGCAUAGAUGGUUUACAUUUUUGAUAUGAGGCAGUCUCUGUUUAUGAUUGAAUGGUCCUGUGUUUGCGUGCACAUUUGUGCGUGCACGUCUUCUGUUUGUGUUACUGUGCUUCCAUCACAGGUGUGUGUUUGUCACUAAACGUAGAUGUGAUGAGCCUUACACGAGACAAUCUCAACUUUCACUGCUCUCUGAGUGAGCACACGAGUGAUUUGCAGGGAUCUGCAUGGACGUCUCCAGCACACCGACGUGAGGAGAUUUCCUCCAUCAGCUGUCUCACUGCCUUCUCCACAUAUCGGAUCCACUGCUGUCCUCCUUCAGGAUAAAUAGUCUCCGGUAGACUAUGAUUAGCUUCCCUUCUUUCACUCAUUAGUGCCAAAAAUCUGUGAAGCCAGGGUAUUUCUCUUUUACCACUUGUUGCAAUUAUCAGCAUUUUUUUUUUUUUGUCAUAUUGUUUUUAAUACUUAAUAAGGAAGAAUGUCAGUGAACUUAUCACAUGUAUUUGCUAGACUACAAUAAUAGUAGCCUAUUGUAAGCCAAAUCUCGAGGUAAUAACAAAUAAACAAUGCUAGUUUUGAAUCUAUAAGGUCAGGCGGCUUUCAUGAGAUUAAUUUAUUCUAUUUCAAAGAUCCUUUCUGUGGAAGUAAAUCAUGUGUGUUAAUUCUAUGCAUGUGGCCUUGUUGUGUAGCGACCUGUUGUGCUUUUGGCAUCAGUCAAUCAAUAAAUGAGCGCUUGUUCAAA